AUGCUCCCAUCCUUCCUACGGCCUGCUCGAAGCAGACAGCGUCGAGACCGUUCACCGUUUUCUUCUUCGUACGCUCCCACAGUUCGAUCUCCAGAUGUUUCCCGCAACAACACACAACGCGUCCGCAGACGCUCCUCUGGGCGAGAUCAUGACAAUGUUAUAACAGAAGAAGAGGACGAAGACGCCGAGUCUGAAGUUCUUGACAAUGAAGAUGACGAGGAUGAGGACGCAGAAGAUGAGAUUGAAGACGAAGAUGAAGAGCGCAGCGAAUCCGACGAAGACGGUCCCGAUGACAAUACUCCAUUGCUCCCUAUGUUCUCUCCUGCUCGUCUGGACUCCAUACCUGUUUUUACCCUCACCCAUGCUCUGCGAACCCUGGUGACCUCCAAAUGUGACACUGUCCUCACAUGGGAACAAUUACGAUCCCCUCAGAUCUCGCAAUUCCUGCUCAAACCCAUCGAGCAGGAUAUUCGCAAUCAGCACUUUAAUCCCGCCACGGAGUACGCCCUCAUGGCCAAUUGUCUGCAGUAUACCAAAGAAGGGGCCAUUUCGUCAGGCAACAGCGGUGCCAACAAAACUCGCGCAAUGAUCUGUGAGCUUCUUUGCAUCAAAUUGUUGAGGGACCACUCCAGUCGCGAGUUGAUCGACGCCCUCUCCUAUGAUUUCGACCCCUUGCAAGGCUACGCAAAUGCCCAGGAUGCAACCAACGCUGGCGAGCAAAGACAUGGGGACAACCCACGGAAACCCAUACACAGACCAGCAAGGAUAUCCUGUUUUGAGAUUGCAAUCCGCGCUCAAGCCAAGCGAUUUCUGGCACAUCCCCUAGUUGUCACGCAACUUGAGGCUAUCUGGGCAGGCACCAUUGUCUUCCAUUCUGCUGCUGAUAACAUGCACCGAGUUGUUCCAUUCAUGCGGCAGCAACAGCAGAGGUCGUAUGGAACCAACGAGCUUGGACCUUCUGGUAGGAUGAGUCAAGGUAGCGGCCUCCCUCUUCGGCGAGCGGUGACUUUAUACAACCCUCGUGAUGCAUCCCUGUUCAAACUCUCUCGUUUGCGAGUUCCACGAUACAGGAACAUACUGUCCACCAUGUCGUUCGCAGUCUUGCUUAGUCUUUUUGUUGCGGUUUUAGUCCAGAGAUCGCUGGAAAUUUCCACCCUUGAGGUUGUUUUCUGGUUCUGGGCUGCUGGUUACAUGCUUGACGAGAUUGUAGGCUUCAACGAACAAGGGUUCAGCUUGUAUCUCGCAAGUUUUUGGAACACGUUUGAUCUCGGUAUUCUACUUAUCCUCAUGGUCCACUGGGCCCUACGGAUCUAUGGUAUCGUCAUGCCUGAUGUACGGAAGCAUACGGUUGCCAAUUUGGCCUACGACGUUCUCGCAGCCGAUGCCAUUCUUUUAUUCCCUCGACUCUUCUCUGUAUUGGAUCACUACCGCUAUUUUUCACCUUUGCUCAUCGCCUUCCGAUACAUGGCCGCGGAUCUCGUUGCUGUCUCCUUACUAAUACUCAUCAGCUGUAGCGGCUUCUUCGUCGCGCUGACAUUGUCUUUCGGUAAUGAUGGCGUUGACACUCCCAGCUCGGUGGCUUAUGCCUUGCUUCAAAUGGUCAUGGGUUUCACACCAGCUGCUUGGGACAGAUGGGACAGUUACAAUGCACUUGGAAAGUUUAUCCUGACACUGUUUUUGUUCAUAUGUCACUUUCUGGUGGUGACAAUCCUGAUUACGGUUCUGACGAACUCCUUCAUGGCUAUUGUACGAAAUGCCCACGAUGAGCAUCAGUUCCUCUUUGCCGUGAACACCAUUUCACACGUCAAAUCAGAUGCGCUGUUCUCAUAUGUUGCACCCACCAACAUUCUGCAGUGGUUACUAGUUCCGACGAGAUCGUUUAUUCCUUUUCGUCAAUAUGUCAAACUGAACCGAACAACGAUCAAGGUUACCCAUUUCCCGCUAUUGUUUGUGAUAUAUCUCUAUGAGAAGACCGUCUUACAAUCAACAGUCUUUGAUAGCAUGGACUUAGUGGAGCGCCGUGGUAGACCUAGAAAAUCGACCACUGCAAAAAUAGCUCGGCUGAAUCGAGCUCCGUCAAUCGCCACCUUCCGACAAGACUUGGCCCUUGAGGAGGUCUUCAGGCGGCCUUUUGAUAGCACAAUACGCGGCAACCAGCGGGGCCGAAAUCUUCGCAAAUCCAGUAAUGUCGUCAAUACUUGGAUGAAGGACAUGGGCGACGACAUCGCAAGUCCUCCACCCGAACAAGAUCGUCAAAGUGUCGAUCACCUAGAAGGGAAGGAAGCGACUCCAAGGAUAAAUUCGAGAAUGCGACGCUUUAGCAGGCUUCGGGACUUUUCACGCCGCACAAUGUCGGUGGCGUCCGAUCCAGAAGAUUUUGCAACCAAUAUAGAUUUUCUUUCACCACGACCAACGCCAGCAGUGGAUAACGCAACACCAUCUGUACUUGAGGAGGUCAUGCAUCAUACAGAUGCAGAUGGAGACGACGAACUUCACACGCACGAUGGAGCCGAUGAAGACGAUGCAGCAUCUUCUGCCCAUGAGUUACCAGGUGAUGCACAAGCUGACAACAAGUCGAGCGGUGCGCGUGAGUCUCACGAUUACUUCGGCACGCGAAAAUCACAAAGUGUGUCCACUUCCGAGAGUGUGGCUGCUUUCCCGGCAAUAGCAAUUGCCACCGCCAAACCAAUUCAUUUAGCAUCGGAUGCCGACUCACCAUCAAAUUUAUCUCCACAACGUCGACCUAAACAUUCCCGACAUGUAUCAACUGCAACAACGAUAUUCAAGCCAGUAGCGGACUCGGGCACUGACAAAUCAUCAUCAAGAGGUGCAACUGUCGUCCAUGUGUCAGCCCCAGGCUCAGGAGCUCGGACACCCAUCUCGAAGUCCGUUUCACACAAUGCUGGGCAUCGAACACCAAGGCGUGCAGGACUCGGUCCCAGUAGAAUGCGACCGCUUUUACCCUCCAGAGAAAAUCCAGCAUUCCGUUCUACCCCCAACCUCGCCGGUGUUGUGGAAUCGAGGAACAAGGCCAAUCAAACAAAACGACGGCCCUCCCUGGAGAUGGACCUUGUAUCAGAUAUCGGAGACAACCGUGCAAUUGGCGAAGGCUAUGUUGGCGCCGUACCCGCGUCCUUUGCGGCAGCACUUGCUCAAGGAGCAGGUGGAGCGAGACACGCCAAGGAGAAAGAGAUGAAAGAAGAACAGGAAAUGUUUGCCAAAAUUAUGAUGGCCAGGAUGAACAGUCUCGAGGAAGGUUUUAGAGAAGUCAUCCAUGAAAUGAGGGAAAGUCUGAGAAACGACGACAAUAGGAGUCGCAGUCGCGGACGACCUGCAAGACCCGCCAUUCCAAAAGAGAAACGAACCAAAGAAAAGGAUCGUGAACGACCCACGACAUCGGGUGGAAGUAAAGAUACCGUUGAUGUUCAACGCAUCGAGAAGGCGACGCAACAAGGCCCAUCAGCAGAAUUGCCUUCAGGAUCGGUGGGUAUCGAAACUGGCAAGGGUCAGCCGGACCCGCCAGCUGAGAAGACCAAUGUGGAUGCGACAGUCCACGAGGAGUGA